CUUGCUUCGAUUUGCUUGUCCUUAUUCUACUACUUGUUACCCUCCAUCGCAGGCGCAGGUGAUCGUCGGAGGGAGGAGGAUGAGCGGCAGCAUGCGGCGGAUCCUGAACCUGGGGUUGUUCGAAGGGGUCAAACGCGCGUAUUCGCUGCGGCGCCUGAACCUGGAGCUCUCCAAGGUGAAGUUUUUCCACCCGACGGCACAAGAGGCGGCCGCUCAUGGCAAGGUGCUGCCAACACUGACGCCAGCCCAGGCCGAGGCCACCAGCAGGACAAGGAUCUGCAACACCGAUCUGGCGACGGCGGAGGCGGCGGCGCCCAAGAUCGGUCCGCCAAAAACCGAGCUGGUCAUAAAGCCACCGGAAGUCUCCUACUCCAUCCGGUCUCCUCGCUGCGUUCAUUUCUUGCCAACCGCCUCGGAGAGCAAGGUCGUCAUGGUCGACCGCGCGAACCGCAUGAUACGCUUCAACAUCGUCAAUAGCCCCCACUACAACGAUACCCAGGACGGCCAAGUCCCCAGGCACUCCCGCUACAUCGAUUCCAUGCCAAGCCUCCACGGGUACAAGGAGGCGCCGCUGGCCAUCUCCGUCCCUCCCACGGACUUACACCUCCUUGACGGCGAAGACGCAGGCGACCUCUACAUCAUCGAUAGCGUCCUCCAUCCCAACAAGGCGGACGUACGCCCGCAGUUCGAGGCCCUGGUGUGGAGGGGGAUCACCACGUCCCUCGUGUCUCACAGGUUCUGGCACUGCGACAUCCUCCCGCUGCCCCCGUGGAUCACGCACCACAGGAAUGACUUCGUCUAUGGUCACGCCCUCGUCGGCGACACCAUCUGCUUCUCCAUCUCUGGCCCAGAGGGCGAUGGCACCUACUGCUUCCACAUGGCGACUCGCCAGUGGAGCAAAGCUGGCGACUGGCUCAUGCCCUUCCAUGGCAAGGCAGAUUACGUCCCUGAGCUUGGACUCUGGUUCGGCGUCGCAGACGGCCUCCCCUGCGCUGCUGACCUCUCUGGCGUCGUCCGAGGGGAGGAGCCGCCGCCAGAGAAGAUGCGGAUCUGGGUGCACGAUGACCUGCCAGAGGAGUGGCAGCCAAACCAAUUUUUCAAGCCCAGGGUCAUCAGCCUUGGUUCUGGCAAGUUCAUGGUCGUGGACUUCUUGGAUGACAUGCAAUUCGACAAGGAAUCCAACGAGAUGUGUCUUGAAAAGCAAUUCGCCCUCUUCACUGGUAUGGAAGUAGCCUACAGCAACGGCAACGGCAAAGGCAAGAAUAGCAGAAAUGGUGCCAUCAAAGACAAUGACCACAGUAGUGGCAGCGAGAAUGGCGGCAAAGGCAAAGGCAAAGGGCUGAUCCGUGGCCUCCGUAUGAUCAAGCACAAAUCCGGUCGUUACAUGUUCAACAACCAUCAGAGGAUCGAGGAGGUGCUCUGAAUGAUUCAGCUAGUCAUUCUCAACUUUAGCUAGUGUAUGCAGGCAUGCAUUAUGGCACUUAAUUUGCUAUCUAUCAGUGUAGCGUUACUGCUCCCUGUUUACAGCAAGGAGUACUGACUCUUCCAGUGCUAAGUCAGCUUAAAUAAUCCAUAUUAUUGUAUGAUGAAACGUACCCUAAUUUUUAACUCCCUGGUGUUAUUCUGGACCA